UUUUUAUUGCUGUAUGCGGCCACUUGUUGAAUUCGAUAAUCGCCUUUAUUGACCGUCGCCGUCAACCCCACAUUAGGAUUCGGCACACUCGGAAGAGCUGAGAUGAUCGCUGCCAUGAUAGAAGAGCAACUUCUUAUUUAUUCAGCAAUACGACCUCAUUUACCCAACGACUUUUACCAAACCCUUCCAGACUGAGACAACAUCCAGCAUUACUAUACCUAUACCAUGACUGUCAUUCCUGUCAACUCUGGCUUCGUCCUCCAAGACGAUCCUUCUACCCCCCGUACCGAUGCUACCGUUCACUUUCGUGACAUUCUCCCCAAGCCUGACCACCCCCGAGUCGCUGGCGUUCACACUCAUAGCGCGCUUUCUUGGUGCCAAUCUCGACGAGAAGUCCCAGCUCCUGGCUGGCUGAUCAAUCGUCUCGACAUCAAGAACAUUGAGAGACCUUACAAAGGUUUUUCAUCUGAUGGCAAGCCAGACCCCACCAUCUUCCACUACGAGCAGGACGAAGGAGCUCCUGUCGAGGCCGCCGUUGAGGCAGUCAACAAGCUCCUAGAGAAUCUGCCUGAGAAGGCGAAAAGGGAGGUCAUCAAGGGGGAUGUCGCCGAUGACGAUGAGUUCAGAGCUUGGUCCAACCCCGAGCUUUAUGUUAACCCUGGCGGUAUUCGAUUGGACGAAACCACCACCGAGAUCCAAGAACUCGUUCAUGGUGUCCUCAAGGCUUCUCUUUCUCCCGAAGGUUACAAGAAGGCGGCAGGCUGCACAUUCACCAACCACUUUCUCGGCGAACUCGUCAAUGGUCUUGCUGUCCUGAACAAGGACUCUUACAACUUCCGACUCUUUUUGCCUCCUGCCACUCGAGCUCCUAGCCUGACCGAACCUUGGGGCUGGUCUUUCUUUGGCCAUCACUUGUGUUUGGCCGUUUGUUUCGUCGGCAAGAGGAUGAUCAUCGGCCCCACAUUCAUGGGCGCUGAACCUGAUCGAAUCGACGUUGGCCCUCACGAGGGUCUCCGACUUUUCAGCCAAGAGGAGGUCCGAGCCCUCAACCUCAUGAGGGACCUCAGCCUGGAGAACCAGAAGAGGGCUCAGAUCAGUGAGGGUAUGGACUGUGCUUCUGGUCUGUCUGAGGAUAGGUGGAACCCAUUCGACGAGAGACACCUCGGUGGUGCGCAUCAAGACAACCGAGUCGUCCCCUUUGAAGGAUGCCCAAUCUCUGCCUUCACCCCCGAACAGAGAGAAGAAAUCUACGCCAUCAUUCAAGCAUUCAAUAUUUAUCUCCCAGAAGGUCCAAUGAAGUACAAGAUGCAGCGAAUCAGGAAGUUUGAAGACCAGACUUACUUUGCUUGGAUAGGCAAGUUCGGUCUUGGUGACCCUUACUACUUCAGGAUUCACUCUCCCGCCACCUUUUGUGAAUUUGACUUCCACUGUGGUAUCUUCCUCACCAACACUUCUCCCGCCAAAUGUCACGUCCACACUGUUAACCGUCUUCCCAAUUGUGAAGACUACGGCAAGGCACUCAUCAGGCAAUGGAAGGAAGAAAAGCAGGGCAAGAACUAAGGGAAGGAUUCUGGAGAUUAGAUUAUUGCAACGUUGCAUUUCUGGUGUUUUAAUGUAUUUAUCUUUUGUACCCAAAAUUGGCAUGGAUGAGACUAUGACUCGUGAUUUCUCCUG